UGUUGGUAAGCCGUGUGUAAACACAGCGAUACAGACCUGUAGAGAGACAGCGCACCUCCUGAGCGCUCGGACCGCGGAGCCCUCUCACAAUGGCGGGGCUGGCUGGCUGGCAUAUUUUACCACUGUUUGUGGUGGGUGUAUUUCAGCCAAGUCUGGGAGGAAUUAACAACAAGGUUUGUGAUCCCAACACUCAAGACACCAUUUACAACUAUGGUGCGACAACUCUGAACGGUAGCCGUUAUGUCUCCUUUGAUGAGUAUAAGGGGAAGACAGUCCUCUUUGUCAAUGUGGCUACCUACUGAGGACUCACCCUCCAGUACCUGGAGCUGAAUGCACUACAUGAUGAAAUGAAGGACUAUGGGUUUACCAUUCUGGGGUUUCCCUGUAACCAGUUUGGCAAACAGGAACCUGGGGCAAAUCAUGAAAUUAUGGCCACUUUAAAGUAUGUCCGACCUGGAAACGGGUUUGUUCCAAACUUCUUGUUGUUUCAAAAGGUUGAUGUGAAUGGACAGCAGGAGCAAGGAGUCUACACCUUCCUAAAGAACGCUUGCCCUCCAGUGGGAGACAGCUUUGGGAACCCCACCAACAGGCUCUUCUGGGAACCCCUGAGGGUCAACGACAUCAAGUGGAAUUUUGAGAAGUUUCUGGUGGGGCCAGACGGCAAACCUGUGAUGAGGUGGUACCCCAGGGUCAACGUCUCUGACGUCAGGAACGACAUCCUGAAAUACCUAAGCUUUCUCCAAGGGCAGAGGAGAGGCUUUGAUGCUUUUCCUUUUGAUCGCUAAAACUGGAAUCACACUGUGUUUAAUUAAAGCUAGUCGUACAGCUUUAGAUUGCACACAUCUUAGUCAAUAUUCACAUAUGCUAUAACUAUGGUAAAGAGUUUGUCUAAAUCAGAUUGAGAGGCAAGAGACUACUGUGAGGGCAGAGGUAAGAUUUUUUUGGGACCCCAUGCAAGAAAUAUGAACACAAACUAACUGUUAUAUUAGAUUACUAACGGCACUUGAAAUGUUCCUGUCUACUUCUGUGAGAAACAUGUCUGCAUUCCACCAUGCUUCCAUGCUUGCCUUUUGUAAUUCUGGUGGCACAUAGGUGCAGGGUCCUAAAAGAAGCUGGCAUUUCAGUGAAGGUGAGACCUGAAAACAGGCAGACUGUGGGGCCUCAUCUGAAACUCCAGGGGGUCAGAGCAGCUCUUCAGUGCAUUCAAGCUGCCCUGGCACACCCACGGAGUAAUGCCAGUUUCUAAAACUGACACCCCUGCGUCUGUGUGGCAGUCCAGAAUCGUGUGCAUCUUCCUUGAAUAAAUCUGAGCUCUUCACAUACAUUUUUUUGGGCUUUUUCCUGGGUAUGGUUGAAGGUGGCGUAAGGUGACUCACAGACAGCCACCGUGUAUUAUUGGAAAGCGAGGGGUUGUCCUACCUCUCUGUAAAUAAACCACCAAAAGCAAACAUUCAAAAGCUGUAUAAAUAAAGAGAUCGUCUGGUUUUGCUUACUGGCUUAGAGCUGGUAGUCCAACAGGCCUGACUGGAUAAGCUAAAGACAAAAUAACUGUAUUUCUAAAUGUGCUUUGCAAAAUGAUAAUUUUUUAUUGCAGAUUAAAAGGAGGGGCCACCA